AUGCAUAGUGCAGGUGCAAACUGCAAUGGGAAGAUUUGGUUCUUUGUUAAUGAUAAUGUGGAUGUACAAGUUGUAUCAGAUACAGAACAUGAGAUUACUUUAAAGUUAUUUUUGCAGGAGCACAACAGACAUAUGAUUUCUACUCUAGUAUAUGCUAAAUGUGAUGACCUUGAGAGGCUACAAUUAUGGGAUAGUAUAUAUCAUUUGUCUACUAGCAUAGACAUACCUUGGAUGGUAGGAGGAGAUUUUAAUGUGGUGCUAAAUGAGGAAGAGAAAAUUGGUGGUACUCCUAUUGUCCCUCAAGAUUAUGAAGACUUUGCCUUCCGCAUAAAUUCUUGUGAGCUGGAGGAAACCUCUUUCAAAGGUAGUCCAUUUACAUGGUGGAAUGGGAGGGCUAGAAAUGACUACAUAUUUGAGAGGUUGGAUAGAAUGGUAGUCAACUCACAUAUGCAGAAUUGGAUUGGAAACAUUGAGGUGGAACACUUGUCUAGGACAGGCUCUAACCAUGCCCUUUUAUUUAUCACCUUGGGUACUGAUAUUCCAAACUUCAUAAAGCCUUUCAGGUUUCGGAAGUUUUGGACUGAUCAUAAAGAUUUUCAGAAUAUUGUUAAAGACAAUUGGCCUGAGGACAGUGAGGGUGAUCCUUUUCUGAAUUUCAAGAAGAAGAUUAAACAAGUUAAGGGGGCACUAUCAGCUUGGAGUAAGGUGGCUUUUGGUAACAUCUUCAAACAACUCAUAAGGGAGGAGAUUGUGAGGGUGAAAGAACAAUUUUUUGAAGAAGAUCCUUCAAGGGAGAAUAGAUGCAUUCUGCAACUAGCACAAGCAGAAAUGAAGAAACAUAUACAUUUUGUGGAAGAAUUUUGGAAACAAAAAUCUGGUUAUACCUGGUUUUCUGAGGGUGAUAGAAACAUAAAGUUCUUCCAUAGUAUUGCCAAUGGUAAAAGAAAAAGGCUACAAGUAAAAAGAAUCCAAGAUGCUGAUGGUGUUUGGCUUGAGAAUGAGGAAGGAAUUGCUCAAGGUGCAGUAUUGGUUACUGAUGAAUAUAAUGACAUGUUGUGUGCCCUUUCCACAGAAGAUGAAGUUAAAAAGGCAGCUUUUGAUUUAAAAGGUGAGAGUGCAUGUGGUCCAGAUGGAUUAUCAGGCAGUUUUUAUCAGGCUUGCUGGAAUAUAGUUGGGAUAGAUGUCUAUAAAGUGGUGAAGGCAUUCUAUGAAGGUCAUACUCUUCCAAACUCUGUUACUCACACAAAUCUGGUGCUCCUUCCUGAGAAGGAGGUGGUCCAGCAGUUCACUGAUUUGAGGCCUAUGAGUUUGAGUAACUUUGUCAAUAAAGUUAUCUCUAAAGUUGUGCAUGGGAGGCUAGACAAGAUCUUGCAUGAGAUGAUUUCCCCCAAUCAGUAG